ACUUCCAAACAACGGCAGUUAACAACAGCUCAUAUGCUGUUGCAGACGUGCCGAUGGGAGCAUAGUAUUGUCCGUCCUUGCAGUUCCUUCGCUAUUCUGUGGAGGCUUGCAUUUCUCACUCGGUUUUGAUACGACUUUGAACGGCUUUCGUGUUUCUUUGGCCAGUGGAAAUCCGUUUUCUUCGACCCUAUUAUUGGUAGUUGAUUCUGAAUUGUCCGUCUCUUGUGGUUGCCAAUUACGGAACGGAAGAAAGAUCAAGGCGAGAGCCAGGAAAAUAACAAAGGAAAGAGUAGGAGGUCGUUGAAGGCACUGGAACUGGAGUGUAGGAAGUCUUGGAGAAGCGGAAAUUGCAUGACUCUAAUGACGAGAACAAGAUAGAUCGAGACGGCGCCGGUUAUUGGUUGUCCUUCCGUCUAUUCUUUUUUGUGUGUUUGUCUUCAUGUGUGCUGUGUGUGUUGGGCGUGAAUAGUUUCUGUUAGUAGUUUAUUUUCAACUUGGUCGACACUUAAAUCCUUCACGACGGCUUUGCGAAUAGGAAAAAUCUGCCAGCUGCUAGGCGCACGUUUGAUUGAUGAUCUCGUUUUGGCCUCAUCCGGAAAGAAAAAAACCAUUUGGCCGCUUGACCAGAGAGAGACAGAACGAGGAAGACUGAGAGGGAUGUCACUCAGCAUAUUGGAGAACAGGAUUGCGUGUGGAACUAAUUUUCAUGGAACGCGAAUAAAAUAGCAUAAAUGCUUAGAGUUUGAAUCAAAACAAAAGAACCAAAAACAAACAAAAAAUAAAGAGAGAAGAGAACAGUAUACAGUAUCGAUAACUGGCAUCGAUUGAAAUCUAGAAGAGAUAUCUGCAGAGUGUCUUGACAGUAUGCUGCGGUAAAGACGCGCAGUCGCUGUCGUCCUGUAAAAUCUCGUGGGACUGUUGAAGACUAACGUAAAACGGCCACUUGAUCGUCGUCUCGUAGUUAGUCAACCACCGCCCGUACGACCCAUAACUUGCUUCGCUGCGGAAACUCGACGGACACAAUUGUGUGUGUUUGCGCGGCUGUAUUAUCCAGCUGCCUUCAAGUGGUCCAAAAACGGUGGCAAAAAAAAAAAAUCUCAUUCUUGAUGAUGUCCUUAAACCUUUUGAAUCCGGGAGGCAGUGGCGCUUCCGGUUAUGGAGUUAGCGGUAGGCGAUGCAACGUCAGAUUUCAACAUCGGAAUCGAACACCAGUGACUAGCGUGGAAUCGAUGGAGGAACAACAGUCAUCUAGUCACUGCGUUUCGUCGCAACAACAGGAACACAGCAUCUCCAAUCAGCGAGCGUCCCUCCAUCUCCCCGAAGCGGCGCUAAACGCGAAUUCAACAGCGGCAUCAUCUCAUCAACAUCUCCAGUUUCCUCCGCGGGUUGGCGGAAUUCAAGCUACACUUGCCGAAAAGGAAGAUAGCCUAUCGCCGGCCGUGCCCAGCCUUCUUCAUCUGCCUCUAUGCCGCCAGACAACCCCCGUGCCCGGACUCCGUUAUCGUAAUCUUGGGAAAAGUGGUCUUCGCGUAUCUAACGUUGGACUAGGUACUUGGGUGACAUUCAGUGCACCCAUAAGUGAAGAAGUAGCCGAAGACAUUAUCGUUAUGGCCUUCGAGAGCGGUAUCAAUGUUUUUGACCUGUCCGAUGGAUACUGUGGACCGCGGGCAGAAGUAUCACUUGGCCGUAUUCUAAGACAGAGACGAUGGAGGCGGUCCAGCUACAUAGUCAUCACGAAAAUCUAUUGGAGCUACCGUUCCGAAGAGAGAGGUUUGUCAAAGAAACAUAUCGUCGAAUCGAUUCGCGCCUCACUUGAUCGGCUACAGCUGGACUACAUUGAUGUUGUUCUCAUUCACAGAGCUGAUCCAAUGUGCCCCAUGGAAGAAGUGGUUCGGGCCAUGAAUCACGUCAUAGAUCAUGGGUGGAUUAUGUAUUGGGGCACAUCACGUUGGUCGUCGGUAGAGAUUUCGGAAGCUUACAAUAACUGUCGCCAAUUCAACUGCCCACUGCCGAUUUGCGAGCAAUCCGAAUAUCAUUUUCUCUGCCGCGAAAAAAUCGAAAUAUCCCUGCCCGAAGUCUACAAUAAAUUAGGUGUCGGACUGAUGACGUGGUCUCCGCUAACUAUGGGAUUCAAUGUUUCUAAAGGCGAGGAGACGUUUCCAAAUUUUCAUCGCAUGUCCUUUAAGAAAAAAUUCUCUACCGUAACUUGGCCCGACGACGACGCAGCCGGUGCUACCAAAGAGAACGCCUAUGUACCGAGGAUGUCGGCUGAAGAAGUUCAGCGUCAAAACAGCAAAUUGCGGGAAAUUUCGCUGAUGGCCGAGCGCUUCGGCUGUACUUCAUCUCAACUCGCUAUUGCGUGGACACUGAAAAAUGAACAUGUUCAUUCAGUCCUGGUUGGAGCUAUUUCCCCAGAACAACUAUACGAACACCUCCAAGCUCUUCAGAUAGUGCCUAAAUUGUCGGCUGCCGUUAUGAUGGAUCUUGAACGAGUCCUGGACAAUAAACCUAUCCGUCCUCCAAUGAUAUCAACGCUGGCGAUGAGAUGACAAGACAAAACCGAAAAUAUACACCCGUCGAUAUAAUAACGGUUACAAUAGCAACCAAGGAAAGUGCGAUUUCGGCCAGUUGCGGUCAAACGUUUUGGAGCCAAAUUCUCAUGUAACAUGUUGGCCUUUUGUAUUAUUCUAUGACCCUGUGAGAUGGGCUUCAUGCGAGGAAUACUUGGAUAUAGUUGGAGAUGAUUCUGAGAAAACACGGUAUCUCUUAUCGUUUCCUUUUUUGGAUACCAAGUUCUAUAUGUAGGUUCAUCCGAAUGUUAGUUUGGGAAUUUGUAAUUAUUGGUAAUCUAUUGGUUUUCUUUUACCUGACGCGUAAAGUAAAUAACUAAGAAGGAAAA